UAUGCCGCCGAAGCACGUGGUUCGAUAACCUCCCUCCUCACUGAACGGGGCGGCCCGGUGUAACUCGUGUGUCUUUUAAUUCUACUCGGAAGGAGUAGUACAUUGUUUUACGUCGUGGACAUAGUUUUUACCCAUGCUGUUGAUUUAAAUAAUACUAUAUGCAUUCGCUGCUGUGCGAAUAGGUGAAAAUAAGGGCCUUUUAUCUCUGCCACGUGUUACUGGAGAACAGUUUUAAUGCUUCAUCGAAACAUUGGCAACACACUGGAUGAAGAGGUUAUGGAAUAUUUCAGUGAUCACAACUCCAACAAAGUUUAUCAAAGUUUUAACAACAUUUUUGACAACACCAGUGACUUUGGUUUUCUGGUGGACCGACGGCCUCAGGGCCGACAACCUGAUAAUGUUGAAGACUGCCUUAACUGUAAUGGACUCAACAGUUGCUCUCAACAGAGAAGUGGAUUUGUACAGGGAAACAUGUCCAGCUUGUACUACUCUCAACCACCAUGCCAGAAUGGUGGUAGCAUCGGGGGAGGGCUUUCUGGGCUAUCUUAUGGUGGCCUCAAGGUCACAGACCUCAUGUCCCUCAACAGAAUUUUGAGGCAGAACAUUUCUGGCACUCCAAGUGCAUGUUCUGGCUAUAGGGCUAUUAGAUCUGCAUCGCCUCCCUUGUCUUACAGUGACCAGGGCAGUCCAACAGUCGAAAGGGGACUUAACUUUGGCUGUGACAUGUUCAAAGAAACACGGAGUCUCUCUCCAGAAUCUGACACGAGCGGCAUCAGCUGUGGCACAGAACUAAGUAGCAUCUCUGAUCUGAUGAAUUCCUUGUCAUUAUCAACAAGCCCUGGCUCAACAUGUCUGCCACCCAUCAGCAAUCGCCUGGACCUAGACUCCCCACUGAGUUCAUCUGUUCCAUUUUUUACUGAUCAGCGCUGGUCCCCCUCAAAUUGCUGCUUUGGACCCACUUACGGUGACAUGGACAAUAUUGAAAAGGCAGCCAAGCUGCACAGGUCCGCUGCAUCAUUUUCUGAGGCGACCUGCUGUUGGAGUGGAACGCUCCCUCAGCGCUGCUUACGAAGUGGGUCCUAUUCCUGCAAAGUUUUUCUCGGUGGCGUACCCUGGGAUAUCUCUGAGCCAGGCCUUGUGGAGGCAUUUGCUCCAUUUGGUAACAUUAAGAUCCAAUGGCCGACAAAGGAGAAGAACCUGAGCUUCCCACCAAAGGCUGGCUACGUGUAUGUGAUCUUCGAAAAUGAGAAGCAAGUGAAGACCCUGCUUCAGGCAUGCACCCAGGACUAUCAGAAUGGGGGCAACUGGUACUACAAGAUUUCAUCAAGGCGUAUGCGGUCCAAAGAAGUGCAGGUGAUACCGUGGUCAUUGAGUGACAGCAACUAUGUGCGCUGCCCAUCUCACCGCUUGGAUCCUGGCAAGACUGUCUUUGUUGGGGCUCUACACGGGAUGCUAAAUGCGGAAGGCUUGGCUCACGUCAUGAACGAGCUCUUCGGUGGGGUGUUGUACUCUGGCAUUGACACUGACAAGUACAAGUAUCCUAUAGGUUCCGGUAGAGUGACCUUCAACAACCAAAGGAGUUUCAUGAAAGCUGUAACAGCUGCUUUUGUUGAAAUCAAGACUCAAAGAUUUUCUAAGAAGGUACAGGUGGAUCCCUACCUGGAGGAUGCUUUGUGCUCAACAUGUCACCAAAAGCAGGGCCCCAUCUUCUGCAGGGAUCAGGCGUGCUUCCGCUACUUUUGCCGCCCCUGUUGGCAGUGGCAACAUUCCCUAGACAGCAUGCGCAGCCACAAGCCUCUAAUGCGCAACAAGUCCAACCGCUGAAUGCAAACCCCCUUCUUACUUCGUUUGUGUGGACACUUGUUUUCUAACCAGAGAAUGUGCUUAGUACAUCGCGGGGUGGGUGCCUUUGAAAGCUAUUUUUUUCUCCCCUGUUGUUUGUUAGUAUGAGUCACUAAUAUAAAAGAAAAAAAUUGUUGACACUUUUUGUACUGUUCUUGAGUGGAGUGGAAGGCCCCCUAUUUCUUUUGUGUAUCAGCACUUGAUCCUUUUGCCUAUUGCUCCUUUCAAAUCGAACAAGUUGUUUUUAAGUUGCGGGCAACAUGUGCCUGGUGUGAUAUUACGAUCGCUACUAGUAUUUUUGUUUGUGUGUGUGGUACAGGGGCGUAUUUAUUAGUUUUAUUUGUACAGAUCUAGGCAUGUGAUAAAGCCACGUGUGACCCCCUAUUCCCCCCUUUCAAGAGACUGCCUUUACCAUUCUUAAGACCGUUUUAAGAAACGCCUCCUCUUGUUCUUAACGGGCAUGUGCUGCAUUGCCAGGCAUUAGUUCCGCACUAUUAGCUCUACUAGUCAAGGUGUACUUUUGUUUCAUGCACUAAUGCAGUCCACUGCAUUUCUUGACUGUUCUGAACGGUGUUAAAUGCUGUGAUGUUUUUAUAUUCCAGAUGAAACAUUUUAUCCAGCAUGUUGAGUGUUUAAAAAAAAAAAAAACAUGAAGGGAGCUAGGAUGAACAUAUUACCGGUAGCCUCUACGGAUAUGACCUUGGCACGAAUUACGGACCAAAUUUUGUGGAUUGGAAUUUGAUGGGAUUUUGGUUAUGCCUGAAUUCUUUACAUCUGGAUGGUUGUAAAGAUUCAGGAAUCUCUGCAUUGGGUUAUGUGUGUGCAUUGGGAACUCCCUCACCAAUGUUCUCUAUAAUCCUGUAGUGGAAUAAAGAUUUGCAUUGUAACUUGCA